AUGGCCAUCCAGAACUCCCCAGACAAGAAGGUGACCCUAAACGGCAUUUAUCAGUUCAUAAUGGAGCGCUUUCCCUUUUACAGGGACAACAAGCAGGGAUGGCAGAACAGUAUCAGACACAAUCUAUCCCUGAACGAGUGCUUUGUCAAAGUGCCCCGCGAUGACAAAAAACCCGGUAAAGGCAGCUAUUGGAGCCUGGACCCGGACUCUUAUAAUAUGUUUGAGAACGGCAGCUUUUUGCGCCGACGACGGCGUUUCAAAAAGAAAGACGCUUUGAAGGAUAAAGACGAGAGAAACGUCAAGGAAGCGCCUUCUCGCCAGCAGAAUCAACAGAAUCAGACGAACCGUGAUCAGGAGCAGUCGGCGCCAGGUUCGCAGCCAGUGCGCAUUCAGGACAUUAAAACCGAAAACGGCACAUCCACGCCCCCGCAAGCCGUUUCGCCGUCGCUAAGAACCGUUCCCAAGAUCGAGAGCCCCGGCAGCAGCAGUAUAUCAAGCGGUAGCCCGCACAGCAUCCCCUCCACCCGCUCUCUCAGCCUGGACAGCGCCGGCGAGCAGCAGCAUCACCACCAGGGCCAGGCCCCCGCGCAGG